AUGCGAUUAAUCAUCGCGUCCAGUACGAUCAUUCUCGUGUUUUGCAUUUGCUCAACCCGAUCAGAACCGAGCGUCUCGCCCCACACCGUAAAAAAUCACGAGAUGCUAACGAAACUCGGACUGUCGCGCGUUCGCGGCCCGAACAGUCACCAUCGGAAGCGUCUGGCGGUCGAAUCGCGCCAUCACAGUCGAUCCGACGACUCGCACAUGUUCAUCGUAAAACUGCCGCCGAAUCCCUACUACUACACCCACAACGCGCCGAACUCGGUCGUCGAGACGAGCCGAAAGCUACCGGUCGGCUUCAAAAACAACGGCAAACCGGGCAAGAUCUACCACUACAACAUGCCGGUGCUGAAGAAGCUGACGGGGACCAGAGGCAAACCGCGAACGAACAACAUCGACUUCAUGGAUCAGCAGUCGGAUAACAUGUGGAACGAGGUGCUGGACAAGCCGAUGAAGAUAAGGAAGAACUCGCACAAGUCGUCCUACUACGUACCGGCCAUGCCGAAGAAGGCGUCGCUGAUGAAGUACUUCGCCGGAAAUGGAAAACCGCAGUCGUUCUACGUCAUCGAAAAGAGUAAAAAGGCACACUAUCAUAGAUUACUGCCGUGA